ACACGUGGACGCGAGGUGCCGGAGUGAAAGGCUUUCUGGACGGACGAGGGAAGAAGAAGUGCUGGAUUUGUGGCUGUUUUGCUUGUUUUUCUGCGGAUUUGUGAGGAUGUGAUGGGCGGAGAGGUCAGUAGACGCAGUAAGAGAGAAGGACCAGUUGCUCAGUGUCGAUUCAGUCAUGGGUUCCUCUCCAACGUGGGCGUCUCCAUCGCUCACAGACUCGGACACUCGGCUGUAUUUUCUCAGCCUGUUGAAGUCAACGACAAACCGUCCGACUCCAAACUCCUGCUGCCUCUGGAGGAUGCCGCUGAAACAUCAGAACCAAAGACGACCCCUCCAGCUUUCAUCUCUGUAUUUCUGCCUGAGUUCCCACUUCGUAAAUUCCCAGCACAAGACCGUUUCCAGAUCCUGGGGUUCAUAGCUAAAGGCUCAUUUGGACCAAUCCUGAAAGUUAAAGAUGUUUGUAAAGAGAAGAUCUACGCAGUUAAGGUUCUACCAAAGUCGGAGAUCUUGAAGCAGGGAGUGCUGGAGCAGUCGAAGGAGGAGGUCAUCAUCCAGCGGCACCUCGAACACCCAUUUAUCCACAAUCUGCAGGACUGCUGGCAGACGCAGCGCCAUCUCUUCAUUAUGUGCGACUACUGCAGCACUGGAGACUUGUACACUUGUUGGCUACUGAAGGGUCAGUUUGGGGAGGAUGAAGUUCAGCUGUUUGCAGCAGAGAUGGGCAGCGCACUCGGAUUCUUACAUGACCUAGGAAUCAUGCAUAGAGAUAUAAAGAUGGAGAACAUUCUUCUAAGUGAUCGAGGUCACCUUCUUUUGUCUGAUUUUGGACUCUCAUGCCGCCUGAAGCAUGGAGGACGAGCGUCCACGAUAUGUGGGACGAUCCAAUACAUGGCUCCUGAAGUUUUAAGUGGUGGUCCAUACAGCCACGCCGCUGACUGGUGGUCUCUUGGCAUUAUGUUGUUCUCUCUAGUAACAGGAGAGUUUCCGUUACCUGCAGAGCAGAACCACAGCAGCAUGUUGGACAAAGUCAGAGAUUUUCCUUAUUUCCUGCCGACGACCUUGAGCUCGGCUCUGAACUUACUGCUCACUGAGCUUUUGUGCAAGAAUCCGCUGAACCGCCUUCGGAAUCUGGUGUGUUUCCAGAUGCAGCCCUUCUUCCGAGGCUCGUCGUUUGACUCUUACAUCCUCCAGAAGACGCCGGUCAACUUCAUUUUGGAGCUCCGGACUCAUCCUGACUGGGAGGCCAAAUCAGCGAGAGGCCUUUCAGUAGACAACUUUGACAUCUUUGACUGUGAUCAAAUCCUUCACUCUCCCACAACUUCCACUGAACUGUCUCCGACUUUAACCAAGGUGGGCCUGAGCUCAGCUGCACAGCAGACGUGUAAAGCUUAAGACUGAACUGUGUUUAAAUACAAAGUUGAUCCUGAAUACAGAAACUGGCUGAAAAUAAGAAACUCUACAGAUUAUAUUAUUUAGUAUUUCUCUACACACGUUACCUCUUAGUGUCUAAAUGUUGCCUUUUCCCAAAAAUGAUUAACAGAUUUGUUCUGUUUAUUGCUGCUAUUAUGUAAUAAAUCAGUGUUGUUGGAAUUCAGUUGUUCCUUUUACCAGCAUAUUCAUUCAUAUAUCCCUAAAUUUUGAAAUUAAAUUCUUAUUUUCCACCUCAUGAUGCACAGUAAAGUCUAGCUGUAUUUAACUUACUUGCCUUUGUAUAACUCGUGUAUGAAGGUGAUAUUAUUUGGUCAAUAGAAAGAGUUGCUUAGUGGUGUGUUUGAUAUUUGUUUCAUCAUGCAGUCAUAUAACUCUGGAAUAAUUCUGUGCAUCUUCAUGGUCCGUGUAUUUAUCUGGCAAUUGGAUUUUCCAUUCUGAAACGGGUAUUGAAAAAUAAAAAUCGGGUGGUUAUUUGAUUUUCGUUUUAAAAUACAAAAAUUAAAAUUGAAAUACAAGGCAUUUUUCAUUUUCCUGAUCAAGAAGGGAUAUAGGAAAUUUUAAAAAUGCUUUGAUUUUCAUUUUAUAUUUAGAAUAGCAAAAAAGUAAAAUCAGUAAGAGACAGAAACGAAAAAAGGUCCGUUUUUUCAUUUUCUGAGACCGGAAGUGGUCAUCAGCAAGUGUUGAGCCAAACAGAGCAUGGUGCAUAGUCUGUUUAUUUAUUUUUUUUCGUUUUCAUGGUCAAAAUGAGAGAUCAGGUGGCCGAUCUUAAAAUAAAUCAAUAUUGAAUUUUUUAUAGAGCGUGAAAGUUUUACGAAGCCAGGGGGCGGGACUACUUAAUUGACAGUCCGGUCUGGAAUGAUUGACAGGUUCUAUGGAGGAAGCAGCAGAGAUUCUGCUCUCCUCCUUUGGAUUAAUUCUGAUACAAUAACUGUUGGUUUAUUUAUUUAUUUAUCUAUGCAGCAGCAGAACAUUUUCCACAGACAGUUUUCCUGCCCGUUGGCUUGUUUUAACCAGUUUUCUGCCUUCGGCUGAUUCUACCAGCAGACACUGAAAGGACUCUGAUAGUUCGGUAAGUUAAUGUUUAUUUUCGUAUCGGUGCCGCUUUUACUACACUUUAUAUGCAGCUUUUGUGUCAGAUAUAAUGUGUGCCAUGCACUCCAGAUGUUGGUGGAGUUUAUUUCUGUGUGUUGACCAGAGAAGAGAGUUAGCAUCCAGUAAAUAUUAGUUUUAAUGUUAGCGAUGCUAUCCGAGCUAGCUGCUCAGUCGUAGCCUGAUAAAAGCUAACGUAGCAUUAAGCUAACGAUGUUUGUGUUGUUUCAUGUAAACAGCUGCAGUGUGUUGUGUUCCUGUAAUGUGGUUCAUUAAGUUCAUAAAACUGUUGCUGGUUGACGUUAAUGUAACGUUCAGGAAACUUAAAUGUGAUUAAAAUAGUAACAAUGUUCUAGUUGUCAGUAAUCAGCUUUAAUUUGACACUAAAAUAGACUCUGAUAGUUUUAAAUGACAUCAGUUUCAUGAAUUUGUUGAACAUUGUCUCAUUUGUUGUUGUGAUGUUGCUGCUGAUUCAUUAAAACCAGAUGAUCCGUCUUGAAGACACGUUUAGUUCUAGUAUCAGAAGUACAUUAAGGAAAAUGGAAGUUUAGUUCUGCUACGUCAAAGAUUUCAGGAAUAAAAUAACUAAAUGAGUCUUUACGCCUCAAACUUUAUUUUACAAUAAUGAAAUAAUCACAGAUCAUAAAAAUAUAAAUAGCAGAGAAAACCUGAGAGAAUAAUUUCCUGUGAAGGAAAAGCAGCUUUUUAUCCUGAAAGAUCAGAAUCAGCUCCAACAUCUGCAUCUGACAGCAUCAAGUCAACCAGAAAGAAAAGAAAAAAAGACUUCUUUCUGAUCACAUCUGUUCCGCUGCUCACAGGCUGCUGCUGCUCACAUUCUUCACAUUUAUAGUCCACUUUUAAAAGUUCAGCAGACAGGUGCUCUGCUUUGGAGUGUGACGAUGUCGUCGGUGAUGUGGAGAGUGAAGUUUCCGUUUCACCCACAGUGUGCUUUAGGACAGCCGGGUUGGACUUGAUGUUUGAAAUACUGACCGACAGCUCAGAUUUAACUGUCUGUAGUUCCGUUUUGAUGGAUGUUAAACUUUCAUUCAAAGCCGCCAGGAGCUGGGUCUUUAAAAUAACCGCCGUCUCGUUACAGAAUGAAAGUAGCAGUUCCUCCUGAAGGUCAGAGAUUGCAGCAUCUGAGGGCCUCUUCAAAAGAAGACGUAGUUGAUGAAGGCGUUCUGGAGCAGGACCAGAAAGACCAUGACCAAGCAGCCUUGAGAUCUUAGGCAGCUUCUCCCUCAGGUCCCUCUGUAUCUCCCCACACAUCCACCAACCACUGGAACACAUCUCCAAAGUUCUGCCAGGCCAGCUCAGCUUCCCCUCAGAAGAAGUGGUGCCACCUGCCAGAUGAAGGAGCCUUUUGAGAGGCAGCUGGCAUCGUGAUUGGACUGUACUUUGGUCUGUUCCAAUCCAGCUUCAGCUCCAGAGACGGCAGGCGGGACGAGUCAACGGAGGCCGGGUGGACGAAGACAUGCAGCUGAGUACAAUCCAGAAAACAACUGAGGAGGAGUGCAGCAACCCAGGGCCAGAACAACCAGAGUAGCAUCGUAUAUCUCUUAGAAAACAUCAUAGUAGAGCCUCUGGUAUGAAAAAACGCCAUCAUAUACAUCGUAUAUUGUACAAAUAACAAGUCAAAGGAAAGAGACAUACAUUGUAGAAUUGUAGUAAUUGUGGGCUGACUGAUUUACUGAUUAUCAGUAUUUUAUUUUUUACUGAUUUACGGUAAUAAAUACAUUAAAAACGGCGCUACUUUGGCUCUGAACCUUUAUCUACCUGUGGUCGCUCUGUCUUCUGGAGUGAUUUGAUUGGUUAUACGUCACGAAUAAAACUCCUUUAACUUAACAUCUGUAAACAAAACAAAAACGUAUCAACAAAGUUUUCUGUUAGAGUUUGUGUUCUUCUAAGUUUAACUCCAAGAUUUUAAAUACUUUCAUUUACUGCAAAUGAAUAUCUACUCCAAAUGUCUCACUAAUAAUCAUUAUCAGCCUUAAAAACCCACAAAACACCCCUUUAUACUCCACCACACUUAGUACAGUCUGGUUCCCCCUUCUAUAAAUCUGCUUGGAAUCAUCCACUUCCUGUUUGUCAAAGUGGCCUUCUACCUGGACAGGUUUUGUUGGAGCUCAUGCAACAAACAUUUUGGGUAACUGCACUUUAAUAUGGAUGGAUGACACUGAAUUAGAGUCUGUUUUCAUGAGACUGAGUUAAGAUGUGUAGCUCUGUCAUUAAAUAAGAAAUUAUUUCUCAGAAGUCACAGAGAAAAGUCUGAAAUGUUUGCUAGGUUAGCGUCCCACAUGUUCUUUGGCUCAGCUAAAGCUAACUCUCUCCAACUUCUGGAUCUCUUGAGUUGCUUGUUGUUAAAAUAUCUUGCUAGAGGUGCUGAAGCUCAGAAAGUCUGAGAUGUUUGUUCAGAAUUAGCUCAUUCUCAAGUCUGAUCUGAACUGUCCUCUUUUGUUUUAACUUUCCCUAAACUUAGGAGUUAAUGACAGAGCAGCACAUCCAGACUCAGUCUCAUUUAUGUAGAGAUUAAACUUCAGUGUCAUUCAUUGAUGUUAAAGUGCAGUUUUUCAAAUGUUUGCUGCACAUGCUCCCGACCAAACCAGUCCAGGUGGAAGACGAUGUGAAGAGAAAGCUCCAGCGGAUGAAUAUCACACAUUUACGUUGGAAAUAAAUGUCCUUUAAUUAGACAUUGUCAUGCAAAAGUUGUAUUUCCCUUUAAUGAUGUUCAAAUCUUUGUUGAGUGUUUUGUUGAUGUUGGUUUCUAAAUGUUUUUUGACACUCGGCCCCAAAGAUUAAAACCUUUUACGGCUCGCAAGCUGCAACAAUUCACACAUUAUCAACUGUCUUUCUGACUAAACUAAGAUAAAAAGUGGAAAAACUGCCUCAUUCCUGCAUCAUGAAUGUAAAUCUUUUUGGUUUUUAUGACAUUAAACUGAAUAUAUUUGGGUUUGACAUUUUAUAAACCAACACAAGAAAUUAAUUAGUGGAGAAAACAAUCAACAGAUUAAUGGACAAAGAAAAUGUGUUUUCCAACAUAUAUGGCUGGAUUACUCCAAUAUUACAAGAUACAUACAAUUUUAAUUCAAUUUUAUUUAUAGAAUUCCAAUUACAGGUCAAAUUGUCUCAAGAUGCUUUAUUGUUAUAUAUUUUUUGUCAUAUUUAAAAUAUGACAAAGUACGAAAUUUAAACCUCUUGACUAAUCCAAUUUAUUAUUUGGUUUUUAAGAGACUAAUGGACAAUUAAAAUAAGUUUCUUCACUAAAACUAAUAAACAUGAGGUCAAAUAGAAGGAAGAGUUUUAAAUACUGCAGUCCCACGACGACAAGAAUAAAGUUGUCAACAAAAAGUAAAUCUGCUGGUGGAUUCCUUUAAAGUCCUAAUAAAGGAUAAUAAAGUGUGAUACUAAAGGUUUGUGGUGCUAAAAAUCUUCAAGUAAAGAUAUGAAGUUGAACAUCUGAAUUGAGGUUGAUAAAAGUUGAUCUCCCUUCAUUUCUCUGGAGUGACUCCAUGGAUUUUAUGGAUGGUGGUUAAAGACCUGCUCUUCUAGUGGUCUUCCUUCUAGUCGCUGUAAAAAGUCAGUCCAUCCUGGCCGACUUCAACACCUCUUCAUGACAACUUGUUCUGCCUCCGACCUGGUGGAAACUCCAGAAACUGGGGAAAACCUGUGGA